GUAAGAUGAAACGGUAAAAUCAAACUUGUUACUUACGCGAUUUUAUGGUGCUCCUGUUUGAGCUCGUUAUUGAGACAUGUUUCCCUUCUGAGCCCCAAAUAUUUGGUUUAGUUGUUAGAGUUACCUCCCCUACAAGGUUGCUGAAGCUGAUCAAUAGUUGUGUGAUGAUGCUGCGCCAAUAUAGAAAUAUUUUCCGAGACCAGACAGAAAACACACCAAGAGAUCUGAUAGAAACAGGUGAGGGAUACAGGCCCAAUGUGCCUCAUGUGUGAGACAUGAAAUGUAUUUGCCAAAGAAGAUGAGUGUCCUGGAGGCGACUGAUCAGCUUUGUCCGGACCAGUUGCUCAUGCUGACUGAUGAUAUCAAGGAUGGCGUCGUAAAGUACCCUGCCUUGUAUCAUCAUGUUGUGGAUGCGUUGUGUCUUCGACCCAAAUCUCACAAGGAGGCUGCACAGAUCGUCUACAUACUCCGUAACUAUGGUUACACCGUCAAUCACACAGAUAAGAGUGGUUCCACCCCUCUACUGAGAUAUAUGCAGUCAUGUGAUUUGGUCGAGGCCGAUGUGGUGGAAGCCAUGUUGAGAUGCAAUACUGAUGUCUUCAUUAGAAAUGAGAACAAUACCAGUGCCUAUGAAGAAGCCAGGAAGCCCCAUAUCACUCUGUCAAUCAAGGCGCUGUUUGCUAGGUAUAUGCCUGGGAUUUGGAGGGCUAUUGCAGCUGACGAAGUACACCAAGUGCGUUUCCUUGUCAACCAGUGGUGCCGCGUGGAUGUGGAACAGGAAGGUAAGAGCUUGCUGCACCUUGCAUUUGAUGUAGGAACAGAAAACAUCAUAGGAAUUAUCAGCGGAAUCCACACCUCCAUGGCUCUAGCACAUGGAGUACUAGCUGGUGAUGUAAAGUAUGUGGAGAACUUACUGAGCAAGGAAAGGACCAUAAAUGUUAACCUCAAAAACAUGGGAGAUGGAGGGACGACCCCACUGUACUAUGCUGCCCUCCAAAACAACACAGAGAUUGUUAGGCUACUGUUAUCGAUGGGAGCACGAGUACACUGCACCAUAACAACGGCGGACAAGACGGACCUGCCCCUGCUGUUUGCUCUGAUGUUGGAAUACCCACAAGUCCAUGCGUCCACUCUCCAACUACUCAUUCCACAGACUCCCGUCCACGUGGAGACUCUUCACUACAAGGGUAAAAACAUCCUAUUCCACUGUGUUGACUGUGAUAUAGACUCAUCGGUUGUGGCAGCCAUCUUGGAUGUGUCAUCAGCUGCCAUGGUUACCGCUAGGGAGGAGAGUGGGCUAACAGCUAGAGAGUAUGCAGAAAAAGAAGGAUGCAGUGCUGUUGUAGAGGUCAUUGACAAGUUUGUGUAUAACUGGUGGACAGACAAGUCCAAUGACAAAAACAGGAAAUUACUGGCACUUCACAGCUACUACCCGAUCCCAACAGUCAGUAAGAUCCUAUCACUGGAUGAUGUUGGUAACCAUGACAACCACCACGGUGAGGUCAGGGAGGAACUGCUUUCUUCUUCCCUCACACAGUACCAGCGACACAUCUGUAAAUUCCACCAAGCCCUGGAACUGGAGGAUGAGGAACAGGUCCACAAUGACGUCACCUACUUUGGUUGUGACAGUUUCCAAGAGUUCAUGUGUGACAGUCGCCCACAGGGAGAAGGUCAGCCAGCACUACACAAGGUUGUUUUGAGAAGGAAUGCUGAGCUUACACAGUUGCUUGCAGAAACUCUUGUCUACAAGCAGGGCUGUCGUCUGGACUCGGUCAGGGACCAGUUUUUCAGGACAGCCCUACACUAUGCCUAUGCAGUUGAGGACAAUAAAGCCAUAGUGGACAUCCUGGUUGACCAUGGAGCCUCCGACUUCUCUAUGGACAAGGAUGGCCGUUCACCUUUAGCCUUCAAGGAUCGUCGUGAGCUGGCGGAGAUGAGGGACCUACUACAUUAUCAGCUGAUCCAGGAUUUUGACCAGCCUGAGCCAGACCCCUGGUCAUCUCCCUUGCCUAUCCCAAUCAUUGGAUACAUCAGGAACUGUGGCCAUGCUCAACAUGCUUCCAACAGCCUGACCCGCAAACUAAAUCAAUCAGAUGGCCGCCGCCAAGUGUCUGCUGCCAUCCUAGAAAAAACCUCGACUCAAAACAGAAAAAUGUUUGCAAUCAAAGACCAAGGCCAAGCUGAUCAGCAUCUAGUCUUACAGUCAAAGCCAGCAACCGAUUCUCAGACUGCCAAAUUCUUCAAUGUUUCUGAAAACAAAUUUGAUUCAUCUGCAAAUUCCAGUCGCAUGACAUUUUCUGACUUUGAAUUGGAGUAUUGCAAUGAUGGUGAUUACAUUGUUGAACCAGACAGGUCUGAGACUCGAUAUGAUAAAGUGGAAUCUAGAUAUGUGAUAGAUGAUGAUGAUGAUGAUGAUGAUGAUGAUAUAGACUUGUCAUCAGAUGAUGAGUUUUUGGAUGAUGAAGAAGAACUGGUCGAGGAGGAGUCGAGAAGACAAGGACAUAUAUGCAUAAUACUUUAAAAUGUUUAGAUCUACAGUUCAACUGAGCUGAAUCCGUCCAUCGAAUUCUCAAAAACUGGCUGGUACAACAUCAGUAGGACAAAUGUAUCACAGCUGGUUCAGCUGUUAAAGCUAUCGGGCUCAAAGAGAAGCUUUAUGAGACAAUUUGGGAGAAAACUUUUCUUUAUGUAACAGCUUCAAUGUUGUAUUAUGUAUGACCUAGGCAUAAAGAUAAAUUUUGCUCCAAAAGAGACACAAAGACGAGGGAAACACCAAUGCAAAGGGGUCAAGUGUCUUGUUUUCCAUUGAAAUUGACAAUAUCUUCCUUAUCCAUAAAUACUUAUACAAAUGCGACAGAUGCAAUUCUGGUUACGCUGUGCACAAGUCUAAAUGUCUGGGCUCUAUGGAGAUAAAAACAACCCUGGCUAGCUGCCUACAAUUUUGAACAUUUUUUUAUCCAUUGCACUACAGUGCACUACAGUGCACUAGUAACACGGCACAAAGUGCCAAUCAGUGUACUGUGAUACAACCACUAUACAAGGGUGCCUUGUACAGUGGGUUGUACUCCAGUGUACUGAUCUGAUAGACACAUCCGUACUGUGGCUGUACUAAGGUGUACUGGUCAACACUUUUGCACAGUGGUUGUACUAAGGUGUACUGGUAAGCACUAAUGCACAGUGGUUGUACUAAGGUGUACUGGUAAGCACUAUUGCACAGUGGUUGUACUAAGGUGUACUGGUAAGCACUAUUGCACAGUGCUUGUACCACAGUAUAAACACAUCAGUUUGUGGUCAUUUGUCAAAUUUAUUAUGCUAUAUUACAUAUAACUGUGAUUUUCAGAUCUUAAGUUUAAUCUGUAAAAUUUGUUGUUACAGUAAUGUACAUCAUAUAUAUUAUUCGGAAUUACUUAUAAAAGUAUAUAUAUAUAUAAAUAGUAGUAGUACAAGUCUCCACUUACCGGUAACUAUUGGCAUCAGUUUCACAUACGCUCAAAUUAAGUAUUCCUCAACUUAAAUGUUUUCCUUAGAAAAGCGAUAUUGAAGUACAGAAAUGCUUUGCUGAAGUUAAGGACAUUUCACAAGUUAAGAAGCAUACAUUAAACUGGGGUCCGAUAUAUUUAAGGAUGCCUUCCUGUCCAUAUUUAAUAUAUUGAAGCAUUAUAUUAUCAUGCUUGUUAUGAAUUUAAAAUGUCUAAAUAAAUACAGAGGGCAAUCUCAUCAUUUUUAUAUGAACUGUACCAGGGCCAUUUGAUUGUCCGUGUGGAUACUUGACAAGUUAACUUCGACAUUUAUGCGAUAGGUUGUAACUACAUAUGUAUAGGAUUUGCCUGUUGCCCAAUUCCUUUUGUAUGCAAGACCUAUACAAUUAAAUAUUCUGAAAUGAAAUGAAAAUUUCUGUGAUAUGUUUAAGUUACAUGUAAUUUGUUGUACAAUAAAAGAAAAUUGAUGCAUGUAACCUUUAUAUUAUCAAAUGUACAUACUUGCAAACUCUCCCAAUUUAGGAAGGAGACUCCCGAUUUUGGACCCUAAAAUUGAGCACUUUCAACCAGUGAAUUUGCUAAACUAUUCCUAUAUUC